GUUGUUGCAGUUUGUCAUUGGUCAGAUAACUGUUCUAACCUUAAUGCGUCAUUUUACUGCGCCUAUUUACUAUCUUGUUUAGGUGUCCCAUUUUUGCACGAUUUUAAACGUUAUUGAGGGAUGGUUUGCAGCAAAUAGCGAAUAUUCAGCCCGAAGACCGAUACAUGUUCGAGUUGUACCCUUAGAGUCUCGUCAAUAUGAGUGGGGGUUUGGCACCAAGCAGAAGCACAGUCUAUGUGUCAAACCUGCCUUUCUCUUUAACCAACAAUGACUUACACAAGCUCUUCACAAAAUAUGGCAAAGUUGUAAAAGUGACCAUAGUGAAGGAUAAAGAAACGCGCAGGAGUAAAGGUGUGGCGUUUGUUCUAUUCUUGGAUAAAGAGUCGGCACAGAACUGUUUUAGGUCACUAAACAACAAACAGCUGUUUGGUCGCACGGUAAAAGCCAGUAUCGCCGUUGACAACGGCCGCGCCACAGAGUUCAUCAGGAGACGUAACUACGCAGACAAAUCGAGAUGCUAUGAGUGCGGUGAUACGGGUCACCUGAGCUACGCUUGCCCCAAGAACAUGCUGGGAGAACGAGAUCCCCCGAAGAAGAAGGAAAAGAAGAAGAAGAAAAAGGUUGAGGAACCUGAGGAAGUUCCAGAAGAGGAAAGUGAAGAGGAGGGUGAGGAUCCAGCUCUGGACAGUCUGAGUCAGGCCAUCGCUUUUCAGCAAGCUCGCAUCGAGGAGGAGGAGUGUCGAAGGAAACGGACGGCCCUCGCUGCUGAGGACGCUGCUCAGGCGUCUACGUCGGACGACUCCAAGAAGCCUCGGAUCAAGAAGAGCGCCUACUUCAGUGACGAGGAGGAACUGAGUGACUGAGAAGGUCUGGUCUGAGAGACUAUGGCCUGCUAAAGACAGUUAGAAACGAACGCUGUAGAUCUUUUUUACGAGAGGUUAAAGUGGGGUUACAUGGGAAUGAGAGGUUAGAGUAAGUCCAGUGUAACGGUAUGUUUUUGUAUAUUUAUACAUUUGUCUACCUGAGUCACAGAUUGACUCAGUCAGAGAUUGACUCAGUAUCUAACUCUCCACUAAAACUUAGUUGUAAAUAUCAUUGAUGAUGUAACUGCUCCCUGUUAUUGUUGUCCAUGUUUGGAAAUAAAACGUUUCAACAAAAGCUUA